AGUCUCCUAAAAGGCCCUGCUUUCUUUCCCACAGUCGCCCUCCCCAGCACCAGGGGGGCGCCAGUCGCCUCCACUCUGCCCCCUGGGCCCCACCGGGAGGAAAAGAGAAGAGCAGGUGGCGAAAAGAAGCCCAGGCCCGGCCAUCGCCAACAGCUUCUCAGCUGGGGCCGAGAGCCCCAAAGCCAUAGGAGCAUGGGCUGGGGCGGCCUGGGCCUGCUGCUGCUGCUGCUGCUGCCCCUCCUUCUGAGGGCCCAGAUCCAGCGUAUUGAAGGGUCUGAACUGAAUAAAGUCUGCGGACAGCCUGUGAAAGAAGGACGAAUCUUUGGGGGCCACAAGACUACCUUCAAACAGUGGCCGUGGCAGGCAAGCCUGCAGUAUAAGUCUUACCACUGGUGCGGGGCCACCCUCAUCCAUUCCAGUUGGGUGAUGACAGCUGCUCAUUGCUUCCAGAACCAGGCACACGAUCCCAGUGUUUGGAGGAUUCAACUGGGCUCACGCACAAUUAGGCCACCCAAAUUAAGUGUUGGCCAGCUAUAUUUCCGACGGGUGUCGAAAAUCAUUGUGCACCCCUUGUACUUUGGGUGGCCCCCCAAGGACAUUGCCUUGGCCAAGCUGCAGAUGCCAAUCCGCUUCCAGAAGAAUAUCCUUCCUAUCUGUCUCCCAACUUCCAUGAAAAAUUUUGAAAAUGUGUCCUUGUGCUGGGUGACAGGUUGGGGAAGAAUAAAAGAAUAUGAAUACCUAAGGAAACCCUGGCACCUCCAAGCAACGGAAUUGCCUCUCAUUGAUCAGGAGACCUGUGACCAGUACUAUCAUAUAGGAACAAAUCUUCCCCUUUUUAUAACCAGGAUAUAUGAUGAUAUGCUGUGUGCUGGCUUUGUCCAGGGCCAGAAGGACACCUGCCAGGGAGACUCCGGGGGUCCCUUGGCAUGUAUGGUCAAUGGUAUUUGGCAUCAAGCAGGUAUUGUGAGCUGGGGAGACGGCUGCGGAAAACCCUACCGGCCUAGUGUCUUCACCAAUGUCAGUGUGCACACUGACUGGAUCUUAGAAAUAAUUAACUCGAGCACCGUUAGCAUAAUACCCUCUAAGCUUUUCCUCCUCUUCUCUCUACAACUGUGCCAGGCCUCCCUGAGACCAUUUCCCUUGUGGCCUGCUUAAGACCUGAGAUGGGGAGGAUGGGUUCUCCCAGGACCAGGCACUUUGGUAAUGACUAAUUCAGAUUUCUCGUUUAUUCCAUUGAAAGGACAUUUGAAGCCCCCUUCAGGUUGGGGUUGAGAGUGAUUUCAUGCAAGGAACAAAGUACUGACUAGCAAGAAGUGGGGUUGCAGCUAGGUGACUCAUAUGCUUGCCUUUCUAACUGUCUGAUGUUGGUUGACUAUUUUAAUAAAAAAAAUUCAUGAUAA